GGAGGAGGCUUCUGAAGGCUGCCCGUGAGCCUGUCGUGUGCCGGGAUCUCCUCCGGACUGGUGCUCCAGCUCCGGCUCGAGCUGUUUUCGUGUUUUUCCUUCUUUCUUUCUUGAAUCUCCCCGGACGGGAGAAGCAGCGUAUUCCGGGACGGGAGCAGACCUCGACCCGUUCUGCCCCGGCCGUACGGCGCUCCUGCUGGUCCACAGAGGAGCCGUGGUGGGAGCGUCCCCGAGGUGGGCUGGGCCUGCGUGGACUGUGUGGACUGCAAGGAGAAACUAACGUCGGCCACGUUUCCCUCCACAGCUCGACACCAUGGCGGCUGCCCUCGGCGCGCUCCUCUUCCUCCUCCUGCGCCCCCUCGCCGUGGAACCAGCCUCUGAUGAAGCUCGGUCCCAGAGGGGUCCACACCUCACCAGUUGUGUCUCGGCCGACAUGGAGACUUUCCUCUGCAGCUGGAAUGUCGGCGCUUUCCAGAACCUCUCCAGGCCGGGAGACCUGCGCCUGUUCUUCAUUAACAUGCAAUCCCCCACUUCCCCUCCCACCAACUGGAGCGAGUGUCCUCACUACAGCACGGAGCGGCCAAACCAGUGCUUCUUCAGCAAGGCCCACACCAAGAUCUGGACCUCUUACCGAGUCAAGCUCUGCUCCAGGAGCCUGGACACCGAGUACGACGAGAUCGGCUUCCACGUGGAGGACAUCGUGCAACCGGAUCCUCCCAUCAGCCUGAACUGGACGCUCCUGAACAUGAGCCUCACCGGGCUGUACUACGACGUGAUGGUGAGCUGGAGGCCGCCGGAGUCGGCGGACGUCAAGAUCGGCUGGAUGACGCUGCAGUACGAGGUCCAGUACCGAGACGUCAGCUCCGAGCAGUGGCAGGCGGUGGACCUUGUGAAGACCACAUACCGCUCCCUGUUUGGGCUCCAAGCCAACGUGAAUCACGAGGUCCGCGUGCGGUGCAAGCCGUUCGCAGGGAAACACUUCGGAGAGUUCAGCGACUCUCUGUUCAUCCACGUCCAGUCCAACGUUCCCAGAUUCCCAAUGGUGGCUCUUCUCAUAUUCGGCGCCUUCUGUUUAGUGGCCAUCCUGAUGGUGGUCGUCAUAUCUCAACAGGACAAGUUAAUGGUUAUUCUCCUGCCUCCAGUUCCUGGACCUAAAAUUAGAGGGAUUGACUCUGAACUACUCAAGAAAGGGGAGCUUCGGAAGCUGACGUCGAUCCUGGGCGCCCCCCCUGACCUGCGGCCGGAGCUGUAUAACAGCGACCCCUGGGUGGAGUUCAUCGACCUGGACAUCGAGGAGCAGAACGACCGGCUCACGGACCUGGACACCGACUGCCUCAUGGACCGCUCGCUGUCCUCCAACUGCUCGCCGCUCUCGCUGGGCUUCCGGGACGACGACUCGGGCCGCGCCAGCUGCUGCGACCCCGACCUCCCCAGCGACCCGGAAGCGCCGUCUUUCCGCCCGCUCACCCCGAACCCGGCGCUCGGCAAGGAGCCGCCGUGCCCGGUCGACUCCGAGCCAGACCCCGCCGAGGAGCCGGCGGCGCCGGGCAGGGAGGCGCUGUACGCCCAGGUGAGCGAGGUCAGGGCGUCCGGCAAGGUGCUGCUGUCGCCCGAGGAAGACGGGAGCCGGGAGAAAGCAGCCGAGAAGGAGAAGGACAACCAGUUCCAGCUGUUUGUGGUGAACGCCGACCACAAAGACUACGCCUCGGAGCUCAGCGCUGGCAAAGAAAACCCCAAGCCGUCCGCCGGCGACCCGAGAGAGGAGCCGCGCCAGGCAGACCCCGCCCCCGCGUCCCCGUCCCCGCCUCCGCCCGUCUACACGGUGGUGGAGGCCGUCGACAGGCAGAACAGCCUCCUACUCACGCCCAGCUUGACACCGGCGCCGCAGCUGAUAAUCCCAAAGAGCAUGCCGACGCCGGACGGCUACCUGACCCCGGAGCUGCUGGGAAGCAUCACGCCGUAAAUCACCGAGGCGGCGUGCAGAAAAAAGAAGUGACUACAACUAUCCGGUGAAAGGGAGAUGGGUCUUCUGGGAUGUCUCUUGGAGGUCCGUGCCGUGACUUCUGCCUCCUCUCAUCUUUGAAGACUCACAUGUUGUGCAGUUCGUGGGAGAAUUGGGCACAGAGGAGGGUUUUUCUCUUGUUUUGGAACGGGAAUCAUUCAAGGAGAAUUCUGUCUCAGUAUUUUAACGCAUAACAGCACAACCACUUGUUACACAAUGGAUGUUUUUUUUGGCCACUACAGCUUAGAAUUGUGUCAGAAGCUGCAUAUUGCCUUUUAAGACCAUGAAGCUGCUUUUCUAAUAUGUUUUACAAUUCAAACCCACACUCUGGUUUGGUUUCCAUCAUCUUAAACAGCCGUCUUUUAAGCUGCUCAUCAUUAAAAAAAAAUUUUCCAGCUUUUUUGUGAUUUUUUUUUUUUUUUAGAAAAAAAUGUAAGCUUACAGUAAAAAAAAAAACUUAAAGUGCUUUGUUUUUCUGAAUUUCUUGUGGUUUUCUUACGAUGGGUGACACUUUCCACAGUUUCUAUUGAAAAUAUUGACUAAAGUAGAUUUAAUUUGCUGUGUAAAUAUUUGUACAUUUUGUACAUAUCAGAAUAUUUUUGAGUAAAUUAAUGUAAAAACCUUGAAAAAUAUUAACACUAAAAGCCAGAAACAACAUUUCUUUGGCUUCAAGUUCAAAGAUGGCACAGUAACAGUAUUAUUGUAAUCAGUGGAGAUCUCUUUACAGUUUUCAUACCCAGCCUGAGUCAGCACAUUGUCUUUAACUCAGAAUUUAAUUCUGAGCUGCUUGUAUUUGGAAAAUAUGGCAUAUCUUACUGUGAUACUAUGAAAAAUACAAUGGUUUGUUAGUCUUACAUGCGGUUUAUAUUUGUUUUAAGUGCAUUUAUUGAUUUUUGUUUUCUUUUUUUUUUACUUUAAUUUCUGGGUCAUUUGUGCUUGUGAAGCAGGUUAAAGCUAUGGGUUAAGAGGUCGUCAGUGUUAAGCUUGUACAGACAUUGCAUUUCAACUGUUUGUAUUGACAAAUUAAAAACUAAUUCAUAC